CAGAAGUAAAAUCGAAAACCGUCGCAUCUAGCGGUCGAGCCUCUUCAGCAUUCACAUCUCUCUCUCACGCGGGCGCUCACGAAGCACGGUAGGGCAAAUCUGCAACUCGCUCAGUCGGCGGUGUCGCUCCCUCGCAAAACCUAGCUGCGAAGAUCCUUCCUCCUUUUCUUCUCUCUCCUCGUUCGACCUUUCCAAGAUCCAUGUCUCAGGUGGAUAAUAGGAAUUCCUCAGCGACCAAGCGUGCUAGAACUGAUGGCAGUCGCAGGGAAGAUGAUUGGACCUGUCCGAGCUGUGGCAAUGUCAAUUUCUCGUUCAGGACAACUUGCAACAUGCGUAAUUGCACCCAACCGAGGCCAGCAGAUCAUAACUCGAAGUCUGCUCCCAAGCCUCUGCAGCCCCCUCAGCAUUACUCUGCUGCACCUCCCUAUGUAGGAUCUGGGGCACCAUCUUCAAUGUAUAUGGGUGUGCCUCCGUACGGGUCUUCUAUGUUCAAUGGAUCGUCUCUUCCUCCAUACGAAGCACCAUAUUCUGGGGGUUCUGCAUAUCCUUACAAUUAUGGUAGUCGAAUGUCUGCUGGAAGCCCUUAUAGGCCACUCCACAUAUCUACACCACCGCCUUAUUCUGGUGGAUCUAUGAUGGGGAAUGGUGGUAUGUAUGGAAUGCCCCCACCCAUGAUGGACCGUUACGGGAUGGGCAUGCCGAUGGCCCCUGCUGCUAUGGGGCCGAGGCCAACUUUUUUCCCUGAGGACAAGACUCAGAAAAAUGAUGCUACACGUGAUAACGACUGGUCCUGUCCAAAAUGUGGAAACAUAAACUUCUCCUUUAGAACUGUUUGUAACAUGCGGAAGUGCAAUACACCCAAGCCAGGUUCCCAGCCUGCAAAGUCUGAUAAAAAUUCAAAACAAAAGAUGCCGGAGGGAAGUUGGAAAUGUGAAAAAUGCAACAACAUUAACUAUCCAUUCCGAACUAAGUGUAAUAGACCGAAUUGUGGGGCUGAGAAACCAGUGGAGACACAGAAGUCCCCUUCACCUGCAGCUGAAGAGAAUGAGCAGUGAGUACUAGGGACAUGUUUGAGAAGGUCCACAGUUGUCGUCCAGCGUUGCUCUCGUAUGGGUGUCUGAAAGUCAGAGUCUUGUCGUCGUCCUCAUGGUGUGGCAGUUGUCGUCGUCGGGUUACUCUUCCUUCUCAUGGUGUCGUCUGUUGAGUUGUUGUAUCGGUUCCUAUGUUAUCUUUCAGUCCUUUGGUGCGUCAUGUGUCCGUCAGAUUGGUCUGGGAAUAUUGCUACAGGUUGGUUGGUGGUUUUCAGUAGUUAGGCGUUUUGUAUCUUUGAAUCAAUUCAUCUAACUUAUAGUGGGUAUGCUUCCAUGAAGUUAGUUUACUGAAAGGAUACAUGUUCUAUCCGUUAAGAUAUGUGUCCACAUUUGGUAUCGUUUGUUUGAC